GGGAGGCGGAGGCGGCCGGCCCGGCCAUGUCUCAGGAGACCUUCCCGGCCGCGACCCAGCAGAGCCCGGAGGCGCCGGACAAGCCCCGCAGCUUGGAGGAAAUGAUUGUUGCCAAACCAGGGAAAACACCAAUUCAGUUGUUACAUGAAUAUGGCACGAAGGCUGGUAUCACUCCUGAGUACAAAUUUGAGAAGGCUGAAGGACAAGUACAUCUUCCAAGUUUCACCUUUAAAGUCACAGUAGGUGAAAUAACAGGCACAGGUGAAGGUCAUAGCAAGAAGAUUGCAAAACACAGAGCUGCAGAAGCUGCCUUGAACGUUUUGAAAGGAAAUCCAAGUAUUGGUCUUUCAGUGCCAGACUCCAUAGUUCCAGAUUCUCCAAAGCAACCACAAAAUCAAACCAAUCCUAUAGGUACAUUACAGGAACUGGCUGUUCAGAAGGGAUGGAGACUUCCUGAAUAUUCACUUGCGCAUGAGUCGGGGCCUCCUCACAAGCGGGAGUUUACAAUGACUUGCAGAAUAGAAACAUUUGUAGAAACUGGGACUGGGACAUCUAAGAAACUAGCAAAGCGAAAUGCUGCUGAAAAAUUACUUGCCAAAUUCCACAGUUUCCCUCCAGAUAGCAUCAAUAUUUCCUUAGGAAAUGAAGUGGGAAAUAAUUUAGGAUGCACAUGGGAUGCCUUAAGGAACUCAUCAGAAGAAAAAAUUACCUUGCUGAAGAGAAGUCCACUCAGUAUUCCUAAUACAGACUAUGUCCAACUGCUUGGAGAAGUUGCAGAAGAACAAGGUUUUGUUAUAACAUAUUUGAAUAUAGAAGAGCUGAGCGUGAAUGGACAAUACCAAUGUCUUGCUGAACUCUCAACCAAUCCAGUCACAGUUUGCCAUGGUACUGGGAUUUCUUGGGGCAAUGCUCACAACGAUGCUGCUCACAAUGCAUUACAGUAUUUAAAGAUCAUGGCUGGAAGAAAAUAAACUAGAAAUAGAAAAAAAAUCUUUUGAUAAAGAUUUAACUUAAAAGAUAUUUCCAAAGUUGGAUGUUUUCCCAUAUAUGUAGUUCAAAUUAAUUUUGGGCUAUUUUUAAGUCACUCCACAAACAACAUUUUAAUUAUGCAUUGCUUUGAAUUGAGUCAGUCAUAAGGUUUUCAUUUUGGAUUGGUUUACUGUAUUUAGCUCUCAGUAUUGUAAAGCAGUGAGGACAUUAAAUUACUGCUUGCAUACUUACUGAAGCAUAAAUGCUCCCUUACGGAAAACCUGUAGGGAGAAUUAUAAAUUUGAUACCAGAGUUAGAGAACACAGACAUCAAAGAUGGUAGCUAUAGGAAGACCAAUCCUACAGUGUCCUGAGUACCCCCUAAACACCAUAGUUUUCAGUGGGAGUUGGGGAUGGUCUGUUCUUUGCGGGGGCAGCCCUUUGAAGAGCAUAUUCUGUUGCUGUUUAUAGCCCAAUGGAAAUGUUUUUGAUUAUAUGCUUUAGUAUCAUAGAAUAUCAGGGUUGGAAGGGACCUCAGGAGGUCAUCUAGUCCAACCCCCUGCUCAAAACAGGACCAA